AGCCGGAAUAUAGUGAGCUCACGUGUAAACCGCUGCAUGUGUUUACUUCGGCUUUCAAGUGCUUGUAAUCGUGAAGUACCAAAAUAUGCACCAGACGUCAUUUUGCUUUUUGCUUCUUCUAGCAGUCUCGGAAGAGGAACAGCUGGAGUAAAUCGUCCAGUUUUAGAAAUGAGCGGCGCAAAGACCAAGAUGGAAGACGAGGCCGUGUUGGACAGAGGGGCGUCCUUUCUCAAACAUGUGUGCGAUGAGGAGGAAGUCGAAGGCCACCACACCAUCUACAUCGGUGUACAUGUACCGAAGAGCUACAGACGACGGAGACGCCAUCGCCGGCGCACCAGCCACAAGGAGAGGAAGGAAAAGGUGACAGAGCAAACAGAGGAAACGAGCAGCAGCAUCCUCAAACCCACGGAUAACACAUGGGGAAGCAGUUCUUUUCCAGUUUCUCCAGCAGCUGAACGCAUUCGCUUCAUCCUGGGAGAGGACGAUGAUGGGCCAGCGCCUCCGCAGCUUUUCACAGAGCUGGAUGAACUCCUCGCUGAGGAUGGCCAGGAGAUGGAAUGGAAGGAGACAGCCAGGUGGAUCAAGUUUGAAGAAAAGGUGGAAAAGGGUGGAGAGCGCUGGAGCAAACCUCACGUGGCGACACUCUCCUUGCACAGUCUGUUUGAACUCAGAACAUGUAUAGAGAAAGGUACCAUCAUGCUGGAUCUGGAAGCUUCCACUCUGCCUCAGGUUGUGGAGAUGAUUACAGACAAUCAGAUUGAUACCGGCCUUUUGAAGGCAGACUUGAGGGAUAAAGUCACCUAUACCUUGCUGAGGAAGCAUCGUCACCAAACCAAGAAAUCCAACCUGCGCUCCCUGGCCGACAUCGGCAAGACGGUCUCCAGUGCAAGUAGGAUGUUUUCCAACACGGAUAAUGGUAGUCCUGCCACUGCACAUCGAAACCUGAAGUCAAGCAGCAUGAAUGAUAUCUCUGAUAAGCCAGAAAAGGAUCAGCUGAAGAACAAAUUUAUGAAGAAGUUGCCCAGGGAUGCCGAAGCCUCCAAUGUACUAGUCGGGGAAGUGGACUUUCUAGAUGCACCCUUUGUGGCCUUUGUGAGGCUGCAGCAGGCCGUCAUGCUGGGAGCACUAACAGAAGUGCCAGUACCAACCAGGUUCCUUUUUAUUCUUCUUGGCCCCAAAGGCAAAGGCAAGUCGUAUCAUGAAAUUGGUAGAGCCAUUGCCACCCUUAUGUCUGAUGAGGUUUUCCAUGAUAUUGCAUACAAAGCCAAGGACAGACAAGACCUGCUUGCUGGCAUUGAUGAGUUCUUGGAUGAAGUCAUCGUCCUUCCACCUGGUGAAUGGGACCCUGCCAUCAGGAUAGAACCUCCAAAAUCCCUCCCAUCUUCAGACAAAAGGAAGAACAUGUACGCCGGAGGGGACAACACACAGAUGAAUGGAGACACGCCUCAUGACGGAGGCCACGGUGGUGGAGGACACGCCAUCGGUGAAGAGCUGAAAAAGACAGGGCGUUUUUGUGGAGGCCUUAUACUUGACAUUAAAAGGAAAGCCCCGUUCUUUGCCAGUGAUUUCUACGAUGCACUGCACAUCCAGUCUCUGUCUGCCAUCCUGUUCAUCUACUUGGGAACAGUCACCAAUGCAAUCACGUUCGGAGGUCUGCUGGGAGAUGCCACAGAAAACAUGCAGGGCGUGCUGGAGAGUUUUCUGGGAACAGCCGUGACUGGAGCUGUCUUCUGCCUCUUAGCUGGACAGCCGCUAACCAUCCUCAGCAGUACAGGUCCAGUACUCGUGUUUGAGAGACUCCUGUUCAACUUUAGCAGAGAUAACGCGUUUGAUUACCUGGAGUUCCGGUUGUGGAUAGGUCUGUGGUCAGCCUUCUUCCUCCUGCUGUUGGUGGCCACAGAUGCCAGUUUCCUGGUGCAAUACUUCACGCGCUUCACAGAAGAAGGCUUUUCUUCGCUCAUCAGCUUCAUCUUCAUCUACGACUCCUUCAAGAAGAUGCUGAAGCUUGCACACCACUAUCCCAUCAAUUCUGAAUACAAAGUCGACCAUGUCACGCAGUAUGACUGCAUGUGCAUGGCACCCACUAUAGUAAACAAUACAAACGUGUUCACAGACUCAAUAGAUGGGACGUCUAUAUGGUUCUACAACUACACCGAUCUACCCUUAAAUGCUACCUGGUCCUCCCUGACAAAGAAGGAAUGCCUGAAGUACGGUGGAGAGUUGGUGGGAAAAGCCUGCGAUUAUGUGCCCGACAUCACCCUCAUGUCCUUCAUCCUGUUUUUUGGCACCUACACCUGCUCUAUGUGUUUAAAGAAGUUUAAGUUCAGUCCCUUUUUCCCCACCACGGUGAGGAAACUCAUCAGUGACUUUGCCAUCAUUUUGGCCAUCCUGAUUUUCUGCUGUGUUGAUGCUUUGGUAGGAGUCGAUACACCAAAGCUAAUUGUGCCAACUGAAUUUAAGCCAACAAGCCCAGAUCGCGGCUGGUUUGUGAAACCAUUUGGAGGCAACCCCUGGUGGGUUUACCUGGCAUCAGCCCUGCCUGCUCUGCUGGUCACCAUUCUGCUAUUCAUGGACCAGCAGAUCACAGCUGUCAUCGUGAACCGGAAGGAGCACAAACUGAAGAAAGGUGCAGGCUAUCAUUUGGACCUGUUCUGGGUGGGUGUAUUGAUUGCGCUGUGUUCCUUCAUGGGUCUGCCUUGGUACGUGGCUGCUACCGUCAUCUCCAUUGCCCACAUAGACAGCCUGAAGAUGGAGACGGAAACCUCAGCCCCGGGGGAGCAACCCAAAUUUUUGGGUGUCAGGGAGCAGAGGGUAACUGGUGUUUGUGUGUUCCUUCUUACCGGACUCUCUGUCUUCAUGUCUCCAAUUCUUAAGUUCAUCCCCAUGCCUGUCCUCUAUGGAGUCUUCCUCUACAUGGGUGUGGCCUCGCUCAAUGGAGUACAGUUCAUGGACCGCCUGAAGCUGCUUCUGAUGCCUGCCAAGCACCAGCCAGACCUGAUCUACCUGCGGCAUGUGCCACUGCGCAAAGUUCACCUCUUCACCUUCGUCCAGCUGCUGUGCCUGGCUCUGCUGUGGAUCCUCAAGUCCACCGUGGCUGCCAUCAUCUUCCCUGUCAUGAUCCUAGCUUUGGUGGCUGUGAGGAAGGCUAUGGACUAUGUCUUCUCUCAGCAUGACCUCAGCUUCCUGGAUGAUGUAAUACCAGAAAAGGACAAAAAGAAGAAGGAAGAUGAGAAGAAAAAGAAGAAGAAGUCAAGAGACAGCUUAGACAGUGACGUAGAUGAGUCUGAUUAUCCAUUCAACGAGAAGGUACCCAGCAUUAAAAUCCCCAUGGAUAUGAUGGAACAGGAGCCUUUUUUAGGGGAUAAGGCCUCUGAGAGAGAAAAGCCGUUCCUUGAUCGGUACACGUCGUGUUAAUAGAAGGCGCUACUAUGAAGACAGUCCGAUAUCAAGUCCAGAGAGAAUACCACUAAAUGUGCCUCAGAUUAGAAUAGACUACGGUUCAGACAAUGAAGACAGUGACUACUUCUGGAAGAGUCGAGGGUCCGAGGCGUAAUUUUAGCUUCUCCCUCCGCCGGCCUAUUUAGCGAAUAACAAACUUAAAAAAUGAUGAAUCUACUUGGAUGGAAAGCUGUCUUGAUCAAGGGAAAUUUUUUUAAAGGCAUUUUCAUUUGCCUGCCUGCCUGCGUGGAUACAUUCCAUUCCAGUACAACAUCUGGACUCUCAUCUUCACGGAUGCCAUUUUUUAAACCUUCUUUUGUUUUUGUUUCACAUGACCAAGCUCACUCAUUUUUUUUUUUUUUUGUUCGCUUACUUCUUAAGAACACUGGCUGACAUAAUAAUUCCUACUACUAUGCAAUUCAUAUGCAGUUCAUUCUUGUGUUGAUCAACUGAAAAUGCUGUACAUGGUUUAUGACCACACAUGGAGAGAAAAAAACUCCUCCAUUCUUUUCUUUUGUAUAAGGAAUUACCAUUUUCCUGUAGCAGGAAAAUUAAUAUUUUGAUUUUUUAUUUUUAUUUUGUAGUUCUACCUCUAUAGACGGAAGGAAUUGUGUAAGAAAAAAAAUACAAAAAAAAUGAGAAUUGAGGUGUUGAUUUUUUUUUUUUACUCAGCAUGGGUUUUAAUGUUAUCCUGCCUACUGUACCUUCUGAACACAAUAUUGAACAAAAAACAAAUUGAAGCAUUACACUGUAUUAUUAUAUAAUGGAGAAGAAUAGUACCUAAAUGUUUUAACCCUUCAGUCGUGUUGAUUUCUACUGAUCUUCCAUUUAAUACAGUAUUACAUUUGAUCCCUUUCAGAGUGAUUAAAUAAUUAAAAAAAAAAAAAAGUACAGGUUUAUGCAAAGAGAUCUAAGCUAAUCAAUUAACCAAAUAUCAGUCUUUCUCUUUCUUCUUUAUACAUUGCACUAUGGUGGUAUUACUCAACCACAUCUGGUUAUUACAGCCAUUAUCGUCUUCCUGCUGUUCAACCGAAUAACUUUCUAAAGUGACUUAAUGAAGAAUCACAAUAAAAAUAAAAAUAAAAGUAAUUGCUAAUAAUUUUGAGAUGGUCAUAUUUGUAAUGAACUAUAAACGCGUUCAUAUCACGUUAUAAUGCAAGGCAUUGCACACCGUAAUUACUUAUAAAAACCUUGAGUAUCAGCAGAUAUCCUUAGCAUUCUGGGGAAAAAACCUAGCUAAAAUCAGAACUUACACAGAAGUAUUCCGUUAAGCUCUUAUACAAUUAAUCACUUACAAAUGUAAAAAAAAUAAAUCUAUCUAUCUAUCUACCUAUCUAUCUAUCCAUCCAUCCAUCCAUCCAUCCAUCCAUCCAUCCCUCUCUCUGUCUUUCUAUUUAUAUAUCUGAAAAGAUUUCCUGUUGGAAAGAAAAAAAUCCCAAUUCCAGCAGACAUUUCCGUUUGUUUUCCAAUUUCCAGGUUUCCACUUCUUCCCAAACCUUAUUUGCCAGUAAUAUUUAAUAAACCCUCCAUAUAGUGCAUUCUGUAAUAAAUAUAGGAAUGCAUUAUAGCCGUUGCUAUAAAUAAUAAUGACAAUCCAUAAAUAAUUAACAAUAACAACGUGCAUAUUGUUUCUGAACGCAUUAUAACCCAUUAUGAAUGUAUUCAUAGGACAGUAUACAUAUGACCCCUACAGAAAUGGUUAAAUUCACCUUUUGUGAAGCCUGUAUUCAUAAAGCUUUUUUUUUUUAAAAAAAAGCCUAACUUUCCCUUUCAUAUCCCAUAUAAUCAAUAAAUCCUGCCCGGGAGUCCAAGAGAUCGCUGUGUCACUAGUCGAUCAUGGAUGUUUGUGGAAGAACCUUGAUAGAGCUUUCCUCCAGUGUGAGCAGUAGUUGUGGUUGGCUGUCUUCACAUGUCUCAGAGGAAGCACCCUCUCUGGUGGGCAGCAGUCAUAUGAUAGAGGAGAGCUUUCUGGCGGCUGGGAUUUGGCUUAAAUAGAAGGGGAAAAAAAUCAGUGAUUUAUAAUGCAAUAAAGCCACUGAUACUGACCUUUCUAGUCUGUAUGCUGUUAUGCUUGAUUAGUGUGUAAUUACACUGAGUGCUAAAAGCAAAUAUAUUAUUGUAGGACCAAUGUCUGAUCUAAAUACCUGAAUUUAAUUCUCCAUGCCCCGGGGCAUUAACACCAUGAGCCAUGAA